AUGGAAAGAGAAUUAAUCCUCAAAUAUAACAUGAAAUUGAAUGGAGAAUCGCCAUUGAAACCACGCGAACUUAGCUGUAGGAGAAUUAACAAUUCAUUUUUGUUUACACUUGAUGAUGGUUCUGCGUUUUUUAUUUCAUUAGGCAUGAAAACAGAUUUGAGAAACACAACCAAAGAUAGAAUUAUGGUUAGACCGAGAAACAUGGUUAUUAAUAAGCUGCUUUCUUUAAUAGACCAGGAAAGUAUGCAGUACCAGCUCAUUAUUUCGGCGAGUCCCGGGGUACCUGUUAUGCAUUUGAUAAACGCGAUCUUCAUGGUUUUGAGAGAGCUCAAAGUGGAACUUUUUUGUUCCUUCCAAGGUUUUAUGUUUAAUGUAAUAGAGGAUGAAAAAGAAAGUAGAAUUGCAAUGGAUUGCGAUGCUGUAUCUGACAAGGAGAUGUUGGUCGUUAAGAGUGGGGAAGAAGAAAUUUUUUUGUUAGAAAGUAAAGGUGAGAUUAAGAUAGCGGAUUUUCUGGAUAUUAUUAAAAAAGUUUAGCAG